AAUGCGUAGACCAAAAUAGCCAAGUGUACACAUUGGACGUACACGCGCGACGGGCUCUCCAUUCACGACUGACGUAGCGCUCUACCUGGACGCCGGGAGAGGAGACUUGAGUUGCCAGGGAAGAUGACAAAUUUUUCCUGAAAACCUGGUUGUGUUUACCAGUUGAAUAUUUGGUUUUGGCUCAACAUUGCAAGGGUCUAGGAGUUCCAGUUCGAUAUUUCUGAUACUUGAUUAUGGGCCUCCCAUGUGUGGCCAGUGGUCCUUAACUACACGAGCCUCGCACAAGUUAAGUAGUGUGGGAAGACUUGGUUUCUUUAGCCGGUGCCGCUUCGCCGAUGUCUAGCUUAGGUGCGGUGGUCAUCCAGCAUGAUCUCGUAGCGGCAAGGACAUGUACUAAGCAGAGGCCGCGGUAUGUUGGCCAGGCAUGGUUGGCUUUCGACGUAGAAGUUUGUUUCUGCUGGUAGGCCUAGUCGCCGGACUGCUCCUUGCAUUCAACCAGGUGCAACUCUGUCAGGCGUCGGGAUAUAUGGAAGUUGGGAUCCUGUCCAUCGACAAUGAUUCUGGGGAGUUAGCCAACGGGGACUGCUGUGAUGGGCCCCGUCUGCCAGGGGAGGACAGGGACUGCUUGGAUAGUUGUGACACAUUCUUUGUGGGAUGCCUGAGGCAGUAUCAGACCCGGGCCACCCUAGAGGGACCCUGCACGUUUGGCAGUGCAGAGACGCCCGUGCUUGGAAACAACUCUUUCCGCAUUCUGUCCGAUGUGGACGGCAGUGGAGCAGACAGUAGCAAUGGCGCAACCAUGAUAUUUCCCUUUGAAUUUGGAUGGGUGCAAACAUUUACGUUGAUCAUAUCAGCCUUGGACAAAGAUGAUCAGGAAUGCAUAGGGUCCUCCUGCUUGAUUGAACGAGCCUUCCAUUCUGGAAUCAUUGCCCCAAGCCUUUCAUGGACCACGCUACGACACAAUGGUGCUAACGCGCGAUUCUUGUACAGAAUUCGGGUCCUGUGCGACCCCAAUUAUUAUGAUUCCACUUGCGUCAAGUUCUGCCGGUCUAGGGAUGACACUUUCGGACAUUACUCCUGUGAUGCCAAUGGAGAUAAAGUGUGCCAUGAAGGAUGGACGGGAGAAAACUGCCAAACAGCGAUUUGUAAGCAAGGAUGUGACUCCAUUCAUGGAUAUUGCAAUCAACCCGGAGAAUGCUUGUGUCAGUAUGGCUGGCAAGGGGAGCUAUGUGACCACUGCUCACCCUAUCCAGGCUGUGUCCACGGCAGCUGUAGCUCCCCCUGGCAGUGUACCUGCCAACAGGAGUGGGGAGGAAUGCUAUGUGACGAAGAUUUUAAUUACUGUGGCAGACACAAACCUUGCCUGAAUGAUGGAGUGUGUACCAACAGCGGCCCCAAUGAAUUCACCUGUCAGUGCCAGCCUGGGUUUCACGGAGAAACAUGUGAGGAAGCGGAGCAUCCUUGUGAGAAUCGGCCAUGUGGUAAUGGUGGGACGUGCCUGGAGAUUGGAGAGGGCUUCCAUUGUAUAUGCACCCGAGGCUGGAAAGGAGAUACCUGCCAACAGAAUAUUGAUGACUGCAUUUCCCAGCCCUGUCAGAAUGGAGGGGAAUGCAUCGAUGGAGUCAACAGCUUCAGUUGUUUGUGUACACCUCAGUGGGAAGGACCCGUCUGCCAAUUUGAUGCCAACGAGUGCAUGGGCAGGCCUUGUAUGCAUGCUUUCGCCUGCAGGAACCGGGUAGGAGACUACCUGUGUGACUGCCAGCCUGGUUGGACUGGAAAGAACUGCGACGUCAAUGUAAAUGAUUGUGUGGGUCAUUGUAUCAAUGGUGGAACGUGUCUGGACUUGGUAAACUCCUUCUCGUGUGUGUGUCUUCCUGGAUUCUCCAGUAUUGAAUGUGAGAUCAACAUUGAUGAGUGUGCUAGCAGCCCCUGCAAGCAUGGGGGGCAGUGCAUUGACAAGGUUGCUGGUUACCAAUGCAAAUGUGCACCUGGAUUCUCGGGGACCGAUUGUCAGAUUGAUGUUGACCUUUGCGACCCCAAUCCCUGUCACCAUGACUCCCAGUGCUUCAAUCUCCUGGGUGACUACUACUGUGCCUGCCCCGAUGGAUACCAGGGAAAGAACUGUUCCCAGCCCAAGCAGCUGUGUCAUGGACCACAUUGCCAAGUGGUGGAUAGCUGCACGGUAGUGUUACCAGCCAGUGACAGUGAAGGAGGCAUCUCUGUAGUUCCCUCCAGGAUCUGUGGUCCUCAUGGCACCUGCCUCAGUCAAGGAGCUGACCGCUUCUCCUGCAUCUGUGACCCUGGCUACACAGGCAUCUACUGUCACGAAAAUAUCAACGACUGCGAGAGUGAUCCCUGUCAGAAUGACGGGGUGUGCGUGGAUGGCCUAGACUUAUUCAGCUGUAUCUGCCCAGACGGGUGGGAAGGAACACUUUGCCAACACAAUGUAGAUGACUGUGCACUGUCACCGUGCAGAAACAAUGGCACAUGUAUUGACAUGCAUGCUGAUUUCGCAUGUCAGUGUCCCCAAGGAUGGAAGGGCAAGACAUGCAACUCACGAGACAACCAAUGUGAUGUCAACACAUGCCUCAAUGGGGGUACCUGCUAUGACUUGGAGCACUCGUUCACCUGCAUCUGCCCAAGCGGCUGGGAGGGAAACUCAUGCCAGCUCUCAACCAGUAACAGGUGCGCAGCUAACAGGUGCCAUAAUGGAGCAACGUGUAUUCCCAACGGUGACUCCUUCAUCUGUGUCUGCCGAGAGGGAUUUGAAGGACAACUCUGUGAAAAGAACACCGAUGACUGUAGCCGGAAUCCCUGCUUCAAUGGAGGACGUUGUGUUGAUGGUAUCAACUGGUUUCUCUGCCAAUGUGCAGACGGUUUCACCGGACCUGACUGCCGCAUAAACCUUAAUGAGUGCGCCUCCAACCCUUGUGCCUACGGUAGCACCUGCAUAGAUGGCAUAGGAUCCUUCACCUGCACAUGCCCACCAGGCCGUAGCGGUGCUACCUGUUCAGAAGUGAUCGGAGUCGUCCCCACCUGUGUGGUUGACCGGCGGGUCUACAGCCAAGGGGAAACCUGGAAGGAAGACUGUAACACCUGUCACUGUGAGCAAGGCUUGGUCCAGUGCAGCAAGGUGUGGUGUGGCCCGCGAACCUGCGUGGCUAGAGAGGGCAACGAGACCAGCAGCCAACCCGCCUGCAACCUGGACGAGUCCUGCGAGCUCCUGGACGACAGUGACUGCCUGACCCCUCCCUGCCGGCCCUGGGGGCUGUGCUUGCCAGGGAGCGAGGGCCCCACAGAUGCCAGCGCACCGGGAAAGGACAGGGACAGCGUGUGCCAGUGGGACGGGACGGGCAAGCAGCCGCCCAGGAGCUGUGCCGCGUUCACGCUGACAUUCCAGACAUCCAAGCUCCCAGCUGGGGUGUCCGUGGAGCAUAUUUGUCGACACCUUCGGCAGAUUGCAGGUCUGCAGGCCCACUUCAGACAACACGCUGUAAGACUGAUGUGCUCUGCUGGUGCAACGAUAGACAAGCCAGACUACUAUGAUGUAUACGUCUCACUGUGGGUGGAUACACCAGGAGGCAGUGGGUUGGCUGAGGAGAUUGUGGAUGCCCUCAUAGAGCAUCUUGGACAACCCUCCACCAGUAGCUCCAUCACGGUGGCCAUCACUACGGUUAACAGACACACCAAAGGGGGGCCGGAGGAACCAAGCAAACAGGGCCCUGGUGUCAUCUGGCUCCUGGGGUGCCUCACCGGGAUUGUCCUUGUGGUGUUGGUGGGUGGCAUCCUGCUCUGGGCACGCUUCCACUAUAUCACCAAGCCCGAUGUCGAGCAGCCGCAGCCUGCAGCCCUGUCCCAAAGCAACACCCUAAACCAGCCUGCCGCAGGCAGCAGUGCACAGGACUUGCCGGCCAACCUGAAGGCUGUCCCAAACUCUAACAGGAGAGAUAACCGUGCCCGGGCCAAAGAGGUCCAGGUCAACGAAGACCCCCAGGUGACCGCAGCACUGGUCAAGCAGGACGCUGACUCGGACACUGACCACCCCGUCAAGCAGUGGGCGCAGAAAGACCAGGCCCGCAUCGUGAUGGACAUCUACAAAGCCGAAACGCAGGAAGCACAAAGGAACAGACUGGAAAUGCACGAAAGAACUAAAAAGAACGCCUCACAUGUUGAGCUUACAGUGUGCUGAAACAGUGUGAAGAAGGAAGAGGCUCUUCGUGCCAGGGAUUGGCAGACACGCUGGACCAGCAAGCUGCAAUCUACUGCUGAAAGCUUUGGCCAGUACCUGGUGACCAUGGAUGAAUCAAGGUGAAAAUGUGGAUAUUUGAAAAUGGCCACUGAAGGCCCUAUUGCUGGCUGGAUUGCUGCUGGUAUGCUUAACAGAGGCGGGCGUGGAGCUUCCAAUCUAAACAGCAUAUUGCCUGCUUGGAACCCUAAUCCUCGGCCACAUCUAGCCCCAGGUUACAAAGCCAAUUAAGCGGAGAGCACUGCUCAGCUAACAAUCACUUACUAAGCAAGAAUCACUCAUGGAGAACUGGUCGCCAAUAGUAAUACAUUAUAGAAACAUUCGUUGGUGCUCUGUUUUGCCCAGUCGAAUGGGCCCUUGUCAUCCUGUCAUUAUUUUUGUAGUGCAUCAAGAUGACGUUGAUGAUGACAAGAUGUCUGUACAUCUGGGGCACCUUGCACUUCACAUCUUGUCAUAGCAGCGAUGCCUCCCUGAGGCCACCAGCGCAUCGCAGCAUGCGACUGGUUUACGUUGUUUUUGUUACAUGUCACAGUGGCAUGCAUGUAAAUCAUGCAGAAAUUGAUAGCCAGAGAUCAAUGUGCGAAACAUUUUCAGUGCGCUUUAGGUCCACAUGUGCAAAUUUACAAAGUGUUCACAUUAUGAAAAUCAUGAAAUGAAUAUGCAUACUGUGCAGACCCAAAUUUGUUCAUUUGGAAAGGUGGCUUUAGAAGCAGAGACCAUUAACAGGAAGCAACCUGUCACUCGGACAACACAUUGUCCGGAUUUGCUCCUGCACAGCUUCCCAAGUGACUAAUUGGUAAAUAGAAUGCAAAUGGCAAGGUGCACCACUUGUCAUGAGACUGAUCAUAUGACCAGUCACAUGUUGCAAAUGACCAAGUCUGUGAUACUGCAAGUAGCGAAAAACAGCAGCUGUAAAUAUUGUAAAGUGUAAAUGGAGUGUUCUAUUCAGAUUAUAUAUAUGUAAGUUAAGCUUGUUCAUAUUCUAUAUUAUUAAUUUAUCAAAACGGAAAAACUAAAUUGUUUUAUUCCUUUUUUAUCUUGUGCAUAAACUUUUCAUUUUAAGAUUGGACUUAAUUUUUAAGGUUUCUUCUUUCUUGUAUUGAAAAGUGACCACAACCACCCCUCUGCUUUGUUGAAGAUGGUCUCAUUGAGCUUUCCUCAAGUAAAUUCUUAUUGAUAGAUAUUGAUAGAUUUCUGAAACAGCCACAACUGUUCGUAUUCAAAUCUUUUAUAAUUUUUCAAUCUACUUUCAGCGUUUUUUUUACUGCAGGCAGUUUGGCCCAACGGCAGUGAGAUGUGUCAUUUUUGCUUUUUGAUGUGUUCCUGUUGUUUUAGAAACAAACACCAGGAGACCUCUGUGAUGUAUUAAAAUGCAGUGGCAGCACCGUACUCUUAGAACUGGAGGGGCAAGCAAUAUAAUGGGAGGGGCAAAGAAAGGUGUGUGGGAGGAUGGUUCAUUUCCCAUUCUCGAGGGCAAUCAGUAAAACAGAAAGUGCAAGUAAAACAACCACAACCAACACAGUGGUGAAUGGCAUUCCCCCAUCCAUACAGAAUGUUAAACAGCAUAAAAAUAUGAUUGUUACCUCUGAACAUUUAAAAAAAAAAUCUCGGGGGGGGGGAGACUGGGUCAAAAUAAAGAAAUUGGGGCACAAAGGAUGCCUGUGGCGCCGCCACUAGAUAAAAGAUUUGACUCUGUUGGAUAUUCACCAGAAGAGAAAAGAAAAUGGUGGCAUAGUUUUGUAAAUCUGGUUAAAUUUAUGUUGAUGAAAACAUACAAACAUGUUUUAUGUUUUAACAAAUGAACGCUGUUGCUUUUUAAAGGAGUAAAGCCUUCAAUUAGAAAAAGUCAACUCAAUAUUUUUACAUUAAUUUAAAUCGAUCAGCGUUUGAAAAGAAAUUCAACACACAAAGUCUAUUUUGGAAAUGCAAAUCAUUCCUUCGUUUACAAAUGAACCAAAUGAUUCUAAGUGUCAGACCAUUUCCUUGAAAUGCACUGUUAUUUUUACAGAAAGUAUAUUUCUUGCAGUCAGUUUAAUAGAGGAAUAAUUAUGCUGUUUAAUUGCUGGUCACAGAAAAUGAAACCUUUUUUUUCCAAGCUGAAAUUGUGUGUGUAUAAGACGGUCAAAUGUAAAGAUUUUCAGUGAAAAUCCUAAAAAAAAAAAAAAAUUUACCUGUGGGUGAACAAAUAUUGAGUUUUGCACGAUUGCUACCUGUGAUCAUCACAUCAAGUGAGUAGAAAAUGUAAACCCAUGGAAUGCACGAUUUUGAUACAGUGGAGACUAGAAUGAGAAAGAAAUGCAGAUAUAAAUUUGAAUGGUAAUUGAGUAUCAGGGGUACUUCAUACACAUGGAGUAUCUCCGAUUUGUGACUGCUUUGUAACCUCAAGUUUUUGAUUCGGGUAUUUCUCCCAUCAUUUAUCUGGGUUACAGCAAAUAUAAAAGUUAAUCAAAUGACAUGUAGUGUCGAUGAGUGCAGUGAUGAUAAGGGUAAUAUGCCAGAGCAGUUGAUGGUGUGACAUUGCAUAGCAGUGAGGCAAUACAUUUGAAUUUCGUAUUUUUGAUAAGCGUGUUCAGGAGUUACAGCAUGACCUUUUUGAUAACGGGGCAUUGAGGAAUCUUUGAUAUUUACAAAACUUUUGAAUUGCUGUUUGAUCACUUACUUAAAGGCAUGGACCAAAUGUUCCCAGUGCAGUGUGAUACACUGAAUACAUUGGGCAAAUUUGUUUUGAAAACAAUUUUUUUUCCAUUUUUAUUUAUUCCCGGGCAUUUUGUCCCCAGUUUUCUAGUUGCUAUAAAGACAAUGUAUUGUAUGAAAAUUAAUUGUACUGUCUCUGUUCCUUCUUUUUGUAAUAAUUGUAUCUUUCAAGAGUGAUUUGACUGAAUUUUUUGAAGUACCCAGCUCAAGUGCAUUGGACCAAAUGUGUGAGAAAAGUGUCCAGAAGCUGUUUUCGGGUUGAACUUCUCAUGCACUUGUGGUCCUGUAAAAUGCAGGUACAUCUCUCGGCAGAGAUAAUUCUGAAAAUAGUUAAUGGGUUGUAGUUACAGGAUUGCAGAUAUUAAACAAAUGACUUUUGUAUAAAUCAACGUAUUCAUCGUUUGUGGGUGUUUUUUCCCCCUUCUCAUCUUUGACACCAACGAGGGAGGUGACUUGUUCAUUUUCCAGCUUUUUGAGAGCAAACCAUCCUAGUUAACUUUGUCAAAAGUUUUAUGUUUGUCUAAUCUGUGGGAAAAUAACCAAAACAGAGAUCCACACCGAAACAAAACAAGUUGACAACUACCAUCUAAAUUCUGCUUUCUAAAAAGUUACAAACAUGCCUUCAACAGUACCUUUAUUCAACAAGAUAGCAAGUAGUACUAUUUAAAGCAAAACAUGGCAACAUGAUAAAGACACGAACAGUACCUUAAAAAAUACAAUGUGCUUAUAGAAGUAGAAAUACAUGUACAUGUAUAUAACCACUGGCAAGACCAAAUAAUACAAGUGACACAAACUUGGCAUUCACAAUGGACCUUUCCCAUGAAAUAGGCAAAUAAGGCAGGCACAUUUGCAUUAGUACCACUGGUUGGCAAAGUUGCUUAAAUCACUAAUGUAACAAUACAAAUCUCUAUGUGUACGCAACUAUGAGCACAUACAUGCCGUUUCUGCACUAGUAUGGUUUGACAUGAGUGCCAAACUUAAAGACAAGGAAUUGUUACUUUCCAUCCUCGGGACACUGAAAACUUCACUCAUUUUUGAGAAAAACAUGCUAAAGUAUUAGACAAAGGCUGUGAUACGGUUUUGUUUGACCUUCCACGCACCAGGUUAUGAUUAGGGCAGCUCUCCUACACUGCUGACGGUGUUGACGGCUAUGCUUGCCAACCAGUGGCAGAAGUGCGCAUUUGCAUAUUUAAUGGGAAAAGGCCCAUUAAAUUGCACACAUGGAAUGGCGUACACAAACUACUUCUUAACUAUCCCCCCUGAACCAAAAUCCAGGCGGUGUUUUUACGCUAUUUUGAGGAUAAUAGGUACCAGUAUAGACAGGAUCACUGUACAUCAGGGGAGAUAUCCCCGUUUCAUUUAGAGUAGUGUUGUAUUUUGGCAAAUCAAGACGACUGUAUCCCCCCC